CUGGUAGAGAAAGUGUGGAGACAGAGGCCAGAUCCGUGUUGAUUUAUCCCAGCAAGCCAGCAGUAGCUUUAUGGUGAGGUAGUGGAUCAUCUCUGAGCCUGUACCUUUUUUUCUCCCUGAAGUUCAGGCUGGCUUCUGGCUGUGAGGGUGGAACCUGACCGGUUCAGCUGCAGCAGUCAGCGCACCUUCUGAAGGCAUGAACUCCGCUGGGAGCCGCUAGAUGGAGCCAGCUGCUAUUGAGUUCUGAGCUCAACUGGCCCCUCUCCAAGAUGCCUCCCAGCUAGUUCCCCUCCCUGCUUGACAACCGAGUCUGCACCGGUCAGCUUGUGCAGUCUGUUGCUUCCGCUGCUGCACUGUACUGCUGUGUCUGUGGAGGUCCCUGGUGUUGCCAGCAGUCGCCUGUGCCUGCAGGUCUGAACUGCUCCUUGAACACAGUGAUUCCCGACUCAGACAGCAGGCCCUGCCCACCACUCUCUUCUUCCUUUGAUGUGUCUCUCUCGCUCUCCCUGUGGGCUUUAGUUCUCAUUUCUGAUCCUUCCUGGGUCCAGGAGAUCUGCUUCCCUUCUUUUCCCUGAGUUGCUACAUUCCUGUGUCCGGACAGCAGAUCUCCAAGAGGCCCUCUGCUGCUGCUUACCACUUCCCCAUCUUGCCAGAAGAAGGCGCUCAGGGCUAGGUGUUUUCAUGGUCACUGGUGGGGUAUUUGCUCCAGAGUGUUCUCAAGGGACAGGGGCAGGUCAUACAUGUAGGUCAUAGAGUGCAUGCUUACACAUACUUAUACACAAGUCCCCGUGAAAUCUCCAAGAGGUACACGGAUCACUCCUGCCUUUCCCGAGUCUGCCUGUGCAGUGCAAGCCCAGGCUCUCUGGACUCCGUGGAGUUCACUGUGGGCGUCCACUCCAGCCCGAGGAUCCUGAGCAUCUCUGGUCUCCAGCUUCCAGGUUCACAAGUUGGUCAGUGCCUUCCUCCCCUUCCAGGCCUCACAGUAACCUUCGGCUGGUGAGAAGAAGGUACUUGCUGAGGAGCGGUCAUUUCCACUGAGAGAAUAGAGGCUCCAAUUAGCCAAACAAUUCUUGACCAGGAAUCAGGAACAAAGACAUCACGGGCCUCUCCCGCUUUCCCUUCUCUGUGAAAAGCAGCUCUGCUUACGCUAAAUCGGAACCCUUCCGGCCACCUGGGACAUUACGUGGACGUGGGAGUCCAGCUGAGCUCCCAGGCCCGCCUCCGAACCUGCUCAGCUGUUCCCUCAGCAGCGAGCGCCUCACAGACGCGCCGAGACGCCGGAAAUGCGCGCACCCGGAAGCCGGAUGUGCUUGAAGACGCAGGCCUGGCGGGCGGGUCAGCCGACGUGGCCGGGGCUGGGACGCGCAGGCCCGGUAUUCAGGUGCGGCAUGACCAGGAUCUGGGCUACAUGCACCACAAGUUUGCCAUUGUGGACAAGAAGGUGCUUAUCACUGGCUCCCUCAACUGGACCACGCAGGCCAUCCAGAACAACAGAGAGAACGUGCUGAUCAUGGAGGACUCCAAGUACGUGCGGCUGUUCCUGGAGGAGUUUGAGCGCAUCUGGGAAGAGUUCAACCCCACAAAGUACAGCUUCUUCCCGCAGAAGAAGCAAGGCUGCUGAAGCUGCCCUUCUCUGCCUUCAGAGCCUCAGAAGCAUGCUCCAGUGACACUAACCACCCUCGGAGAAUGGUUCUGGAGACUGCAUGCUGCCCCUACGGGCUGCUGAGCUGUGGAGAGGCCAGGAUGCUGUAAAGUCCUUACUCGGGGUUGCAGUGGUGCACAUCGGUAAUCCCUGCUACUUGAGAGGCUAAAGCAGGGGCUCAGAAGUUUGGGCAACUCACCAAAACCCUCAGAAAGGCUGAGGGCAUAGCUCAAUGUGGAGUGAGCCUAGCAUGCAUGAGCCCCUGGCUUCCAGCAAGGCCAAAACACAAAAGGUAAUAUUGUGCACUUAGAAGUGACCUCACUCUUAACUGCUGGACAUGGUAGACUCUGUUUGGGCUCAUGUAAUGGAUAGCGAGUUCCCUGAUCACGUGAGAAGCACAUUCAAGGUGAGGCAAGUCCCUUCUAGCUGUGGCAUCCUUCACAGGUAGUUGGGAGAAGAGGUAUCUUGCAUGUAUUUGUGAAAAGUUGGAAGUUUUUUUUUAUAAUGUGUAUCCUGCAUGCAGGUAACUCAAAUGACUUCUGAAGCUACAGUCUUGGUGACUGUCCAAGGUCUUUCUGAGCAACAGGAGUGUUUCCCCUUUCCACCGUUACUUGUGAUUUAGAGUUGGGCAUGAAACUUGAAGUUAAUUUAAAAAAAAAUGAAUAUAUCCAGAAGUGGUUAUGUUAUGUUCUUUCUCAAGUCUGAAUUCCCAGCGUGUGUUCUGGAAAGACAGUGGAGUGAAAUCACACAAUGUGAUGCUGCUGUGGGACCCUGAGUUUCUGGCAUGUUUGAAUAAAUAUGUUUAUUCUAGAGUGCAAA